UUUGGAUUUAAAUCGCUGGCUCUUGGCAUGUAAAUAACAGUCUGUGGUUGUUUACGACUCAUCUAUUGUUUUAUCAACGUCUCUUCAAGAUAACUGUGCUAUUUAUUUUGAACUGAAUUUCCAUAUCAACACCUACAUAUAAAGCACAAAGCGGCAAAAGUAAGUAGCACAGCUUUUGUGAAGAAUGGAGCCAAUAAUUCUGGUACACGGCGGAGCAGGAAAUAUCGUAUCUUCCAGAAUUCCACUGAAAUUCGAUGGCACCCAAAGGUCUGUUGAGGCUGGAUACAAAAUUUUGCAAAACGGUGGAAGUGCAUUGGACGCUGUUGAAGCCGCUGUGAGAGUCAUGGAGGAUGAUGAAGGUUUUAAUGCAGGAUAUGGAUCCGUGCUGAAUUUAGAUGGAGAAGUGGAAAUGGACGCCAGUGUAAUGGUAGGAGCUGACUUAUCCGCGGGAGCAGUAACCGUGGUUAAGGAUAUUGCUCAUCCCAUCAGUUUAGCUAGAUUGGUGAUGGAGAGAACUCCUCAUGUACUUUUAGCAGGCGUUGGGGCGAACAGGUUCGCAAAAGAACAAGGGAUCGUUAGACUAGCUGAGGGCAGUUUAGUUUCACCGUAUGCCAAACUAACACUUGAAGAGUUCAGGAAGCAACAGAGCACUGGCACGGAAAUUAAAAAUCCGGGCGAGGUCGGCACUGUUGGGGCUGUUGCAAUUGACAAAAACGGAAAAUUAGCUGCCGCCACCUCAACCGGAGGUUAUUUUGGCAAAAUGGUUGGCAGAAGCAGCGAUACUUCUUUAAUAGGUUGCGGUACUUACGCAGACGACAACAUCGGCGCUGUGUCCACAACAGGGCAUGGCGAGUCGAUAGCCAAAUAUUGCUUAGCGCACGCUAUAAUAAAAGCCAUGGAGUAUGGACAUAAAUCGGCAAGCGAUGCAACAAAUGAAACCCUCAACCAAAUGACGUUGAAGCUAAAACAUACUGCGGGAGCUAUAACUUUAUCUAAAACCGGCGAAGUAGGCAUUGGAUUUACUUCUGAAGGAAUGUCAUGGGCUUACAGGAAAAAGAGCGAACUGCAUUAUGGAAUAGAGAAGGGGCAACAUGAAAUCAAACAAGUCUUAUGAAAAUUCUACUGCAUAAGUGUAAAAACCAGCAACCUACAACGCGAAUUGUAAAAACCUGCAUAAACUAAAUCUAAAAAACUAA